GUUCCAUUAGAGAUUAUAACAACUAUUUGCUUCUUUGGCCUUUGGAAUCUUCAGUUUCUUUCCAUGAACAAACCCCAAAUUGAAAUUGCCAUUCCUCAGUUGUUUAGAUGCCCCAUCAGUCUAGACUUGUUCGAAGAUCCAGUGACUUUAUGCACAGGCCAAACCUAUGACAGGUCAAGCAUAGAAAAAUGGCUAGCUGCAGGUAAUCUCACAUGCCCUGUAACAAUGCAGAAGCUUCAUGAUCUUUCUAUUGUUCCCAAUCACACUCUACGCCAUUUGAUUGAUCAGUGGUUUCAAUUGGAUCCCCAAUUUGACCCUGGUAACUCUGCUACUGUUGAUUAUUUAACAGCAAUAAAGCACACCCUUGAAUCUGAAGAGGCCACCUUAGAAAACAAGCUCCAAGCACUUGAGAAAAUUAGAGUUCUUUCUGAUGAGUAUUGUUCUUUCAAAAAAUCUUGUUUCCACCAAUUGAGUCUCUUGCCUCUACUUUUGGAACUAGUUUUUGGAAGAGAAGAUGCUCAACUGUCAAAAAGUCACAUGGAAUUCAAGGAACUAGCACUUUCUUGCAUUCUAAAAUUGUUGCCUCUUGUGAGUUUGGUGCCUCUAAAUAUGAUCAAAGAUGAGUCUAAAUUAGCAACAUUUCUGCUAUUAUUUGAAAGGGGAACUAGCUCGGUUAAGACUAGUUUAUGUCAUGUAAUAGAUUCAACAGCAGCAUUGCAGACAGAAGAGGUAUGUUAUGUGCUUGGAAAGUCUCACAAACUACUGCAUGAGAUUAUUCUACUUGUUAGCCAAAAUUGUGAGGUUUCUAAGGCUGCAAUCAAAGCCUUGUCAGCAUUAUGUUCCUUGCAAUCUAAUAGAGAGAGUUUAGUGAAGGCAGGAGCAAUAGAUGGAAUCAUAACAUACAUUUCAGGUUCUGAAACAAGACAGAAAAACAUGGCUCCAGUGGCAAUGGCAAUAAUAAAGAAACUUUUGGUGCUAGAGAGUGCUAAAGAGGCAUUGGUGAAUCACCCAAAUGGUAUUCAAACUUUGGUGAAAAUGGUUUUCAGGGUAUGUAAUCAAGAGUGCAGUGAGAGUGCUGUUGGGAUACUUUCAAUUCUUUGUCUUGAUUUCGGGCGUGCAAGAGAGGAAGCCAUUGAGUCUGGAAUUUUGACUCAGUUGUUGUUUCUUCUGCAGAGUCAGUGUGGAACCAAAACCAAAACGAAGGCAAGAAUGCUGCUCAAGUUGCUAAGAUCCAAGUGGAAUGAGGAACCAAAGUAG